AUGACUUCACAUGACAUUAACACCUCUCUGCACCUGAUCGCUCUCAACUCACCCCAGUGGGGAGUAAUGCAGGGUAUCAGGGGUGUAGAUGGCAAAUGCUUCUUCCAGGCCCAAGCCAUCAGGCUCAAAGGAAUAUUCAGGGCUUUCCUGUCAUCCUGGUUACAGGCAUUGUUUGACAGAAUGACAAGCUGUUUAAUAUUUUCGAAGGAAGAAGAAUUAUUCAGCAACUGGGAAUCCAUCUUUAGUGGCUCAGAGGGCAAGAUGAAUGAUAAUGCGUGCAUCUAUUCAUUUGAUGGUCAAGAUGUUCUUGAUGAUGAGGUAGGGAAGAUGGUAUGGCAUGGAUCAAGCACUGAGGGAAGCAGGCAGACAGACAGCUACUGUGAAACAUGGCAAACAGGGAGUCAUGCCGUCACAGACAUGGCUUCCUCGCUUCAAGAAGGCUACCUACUUCAGCAGUUGCCACGUGGCUGUACCAGCUCUUUUAUCGUACUAUGCAUUGAUAACAGUUUUAUUGCUAUUAGUAAACCAAAAUGUCUGACUUAA